CCUUCUGCUAUUUUUCCUAUUCUAUAACAACCAAUGAAGAAUACCAAUCCUUACAGAAACUUCUUUCUCAUCAUCCUCUUGUGCUCUCUCAGCCUCCAUUCCAUAUUGGUGGUGGCUCAACCAAGUAGCGAUAACAGUACUAUCUCAUUUCCUAUAGGUGUUAUUCUUGAUUUGCAAACAUGGCUUGGGAGAAUGGCAAAUGAUUGUAUUUCUCUGGCAGUCUCUGAUUUCUAUUCUGCUCAUAGUUACUAUCGAACAAGAUUGAAUCUCCAUGUUAGAGAUUCAAAGGAGGAUGAAGUUGAUGCUGUCUUUGCAGCCAAGUCUCUGAUAAAUGAUGAACACGUAGAAGCAAUUAUUGGGCCACAAGCAUCAACUCAAGCCGAAUUCAUUGCAGAUUUUGGGGGCAAAAGUCAGGUGCCUGUUGUUUCAUUUUCUGCAACAGGACUGUUCCUUUCCUCCAAGACUCCUUACUUCGUCCGGAUGGUGCCAAAUGAUGCAUAUCAAGUUAAAGCAAUAACUGCAGUUGUCAAGGCAUUUGGAUGGAAGGAAGUUGUCCCCAUAUAUGAAGAUACCAACUAUGGGAAUGGAGUCAUACCUCAUCUGAUUGAUUCUUUCCAAGAGUUUGAUGCCCAUAUCACCUACAGGAGUGCCAUUUCACCUUCUGCUACUGAGUUCCAAAUCCAUGAAGAACUCAACAAGUUGAUGAGGAUGCAAUGUAGGGUUUUUGUUGUUCAUAUGACAUCUCCAAUUGGUAUCCGCUUUUUCCAAUCAGUGAAAAAUGCAAGAAUGAUGAGUGAAGGUUAUGUAUGGAUUGUCACAGAUGGGAUCACACAUUUUUUGGAGUCUGUAGAUCAUUCUGUAAUCCAUUCAAUGCAAGGAAUCUUGGGAAUAAGGACUCAUGUUCCGUGGUCUAAAGAACUCGAUAAUUUUCGGCGUAAGUAUAAGACUAUAGGUGAUGUAUCGAAUCCAAUCGUCGAGUUGAGUCCAUAUGGGAUAUUUGCAUAUGACACUCUUUGGGCUUUAGCAAUGGCAGCAGAAAAGGUUGUUUCAGAGGGUUGGAGUUCUCAAGGAACAAAAUAUACUCAUCAUGUCUCAGACCUAAGAAUCUCUCAAGUUGGUCCUGAACUUCUUAGAGCUAUCUUGGGGAAGAAAUUUCAUGGUCUCAGUGGUAACAUAAGUCUUGUAAAUGGACAACUAGAAUUAAAUGUCUUUGAGAUUGUUAAUGUGAUUGGUAAAGGGAUGAGAGUGGUAGGAUUGUGGACACCUUCACAGGGAAUCUUACCAACACUGGAUGAGAAUGGAGAGAGGAUGUUUUCAACUCCUCAUGGAGGACUUGGAGCUAUUAUUUGGCCUGGAGGGUCCAUUACUAUUCCCAAGGGUUGGACUAUUCCUGCAUUUAAAAAACCUUUGAGGAUUGGAGUGCCAGUGAAAGAAGGUUUUAAAGAAUUUGUGAAUGUCACAUGGGACCCUAGCACCAAGACAAUGGAUAUAACAGGCUACGGCAUCGAUGUUUUCAAAUUAGUGAUUGCUGCUUUACCAUAUCAUGUUCCUUACAAUCUUAUUCCCUUCCAAGAUGAAAAUGGUGCCAGUGCUGGGAGUUAUGAUGACCUAGUCCUCCAAGUUUAUACCCAGAAUUAUGAUGCAGUGGUGGGGGAUAUCACCAUUACAGCUAAACGAUCAUAUUUUGUUGAUUUUUCUCAACCUUAUACUCGUGGAGGGGUGUCUAUGAUAGUUCCUUACAAACACAAGAGCAAUAACAUGUUAAUCUUCUUUGCACCUAUGACAAGGAAUCUUUGGAUUACAUGGAUUAGUCUCUUCAUCAUCACUGGCAUUGUAAUUUCCAUUAUGGAAGCCAUGAAGGAAAUAGAGCAAAACUCAAACGGCACAUCUGGCGAACAGGGUUUUAACCUUUUUUGGGCUCCAAUACUACGAGCUUUGAAAUUCAUCUCCACUUCAUUCUUGGCACUUACCCUUGGACAAGGAGAGGACCAGCUUGCAGAAUCAUCGAAGUUUCUUGUACGGUUAUGGGGUCUAUUGUCGAAAGUAAUGCUCCCGAUUUACUUGUCAGUAUUGGUAGCAAAGAUCACAGAGAAAAAUCACCAACCAACAAUUUCAAAUGCUAGAGAUUUGAUAGAGAAUGGAGAUUAUGUGGGAUAUCAAGAGGGGACAUAUGUGCUAGAGUUAUUGAAGAAAUUAAACUUUGAUGAGUCCAUGAUUAAGGGCUACAAAACUGCUGAAGAGUAUGAUGAAGCUUUGUCCAAAGGAAGUAAAAAUGGUGGUGUCAGUGCCAUAUUCGAAGAGCUAACCUAUAUCGACGUCUUUUUCAAGACUUACUGUGAUAAAUAUACCAAAGCUGGUCAAGUUUUUACGAUGGAUGGGAUGGGAUUUGUUUUUCCACGAGGGUCGAAUCUAGCAGGUGAUGUUUCAAGAGCAUUACUAACUACAAUGGAGGGAGAUGAAAUGGAAGCCAUAGAUAAGAAGUGGUUUGGGCGUCCAAGUAAUUGUCCAGACAAAAGCAACACUGACUCCCCAAUCCAGCUCUCUGUCAAGACAUUUCAAGUUCUCUUUCUCACCAUUCUCAUCAUAAUAAUUUCUCUUCUAUGCUCCGGAUUUAAUAGGACACACCCCAAUGAGUCAGAAGAGCAGCAGUCCAAUGUUGAAGAACCGAUCAAUGAGAUCAAUAAUUCUUCUGGAACACCACCAAGUACUACAGCAGAAGAGGAAUACAUCUCAACAGAUGAAAAUAGAUCCAUAAAUAGGGAGACCAAUACUCCUCAAGCUCCACAAACCACAACUGGCCCGAAAAAAUGGCAAGGAUACUCCUCAGCAGAACAAAACACAACCACCUUCAUUGCUGAAUCUCCGGAAAGCACUGCAGCCGAAAGGCAAGAAUGCUCUAUAGAAGAAGAGUCAAACUGGGGCGAUCAGUAGUCAUUUUACCUUCCAGCCAAAAAAGGAAAGAAAUAAAGAAAUAGUCAUUUUAGCCCCGGGAAUGCGGAUUAGUAAGAUACUAUAUGUAUAUGCAUAUAAAGCUAUAAGAUUCUAUUAAUCAUAUCCUUCCUAUCUUAGAAUCUUUCCUAUAUUGUACAAAACCCUAGUUGGCUAUGGCAAUGCUCUCCUUGUAUAUAUUG